AUGUACACUAACAGCGAGCUCCGCAUUCCCGAGUGUAUAGCAUGCUCCCAGUUGUGUGUUUUGGAAGAGACAAAACGGAUCUAUAUCAGCUGCAGGAGGGUUCAGAGGCAAAUUCGAAUAAGAAAUGAGCCCCCUAGCUUGGGCGAGACACCUUCGACUGUCCUCGACGACCCUUAUGGGCCCGAUGACGAGCUUGCAGCUGGCGACCCUACCCACAUGGCAAUCCAAGAUGGCAUUCCAGGGGACUUCCUUGCCUUGCGUAACAGUGGAGUCGGCCAGCUGGAAUACAGUCGAAACAAGGGCGACUCUAUGGGCUCUCCUUCUCGUAUCGACGCUGAACAAGGAAGUGGUGAAAGUGGCGUUGAAAACUGCGGUGCUGAACAGAAUGAUCAAGGCCGGGACCAGGUUAUAGGCGGCCCAGAUGAAAAUUCCAACCCCAUGGACAUUGAAGAGAACGACGGAAAGGUUCCCCAACUGCAAGCAAAUGUCGCUCUUUGGGUAUCUGGAGUUACCAAUACAUGCGUAGGCAAAAGGCCUAGUGACAUCGAGCAAGCCCUUCGGCAAGUUAACCUUGCCUUCCGUUCUGAAGCCCCUUUGGAUACUCCUGCAGCCGAUGAUGAUAUCGAGCUCUCGGAUGAUACUGAAAAGAACGAGUAG